AUGCUGAAACGUUAUUUCCUCCUCCUUAACCUAGUGUCAACGGCCCUUCUUCUCUCAACCAUCCACGGCCAACCAUUGACACCAGAAGCAGUCCUACUCGACGAACAAGAAGCAGUUGGCGGCGUGGAAGAACAUGUCGACGUGACUAGCCGCUUUCUUCUUGCUCAGAAGGCCGCCUCCGCAGCGUCGUCGUUGGCGGGGCGGCGUAAGACGUGCGACAAGUUCCCUGCCAUAUGCAGCGCGAGGGGCAGCCCGGGGCCGCAUUGUUGUAAGAAGAAGUGCGUGGACGUGAUGAGGGAUCGAGUCAACUGCGGCAAGUGUGGGAGGAAGUGCAAGUACAGCGAGAUCUGCUGCCGUGGGAGAUGCGUCAACCCGUCUUUCGACAGGUCGCACUGCGGCGGAUGCGGCAACAAGUGCUCUGCUGCGAGUGGUGGCAACGGGAAGCGGGGGUUCUGUGCUUUUGGGCUCUGCAACUACGCCUAG